AUGAACCUGACUGUCACUCAGAAGACAGUUAUUGUGAUCUUAGCAAUAUUCCUUACCUUCAUCGCCAUCCUCUUCCUCUUCUGUAUCUACUCUUCUCGAAAAGCACGACGGGAUACGAUCCAAGCUCAAAAAGCGGUCUUAGGUCGAUGGAAGGAAAAUCCUGGAGGAUUUGAGGAAGGCCAUUUACCGAAUUUGUCCGUACCUUCUUUACACACACCUAGUCAUAGAAACGAAUUCGAUCUUGCUACUUUACCCGGGAGUAAUGGGUCGGCGAGGGAAGAGAAGAGAGGUAGUGGUCUAGCUGGGAUUGGAACAUUUUCAGCAUCAAAACCUAGAUCGAAUUCACAUUCGUCUAGUACAGGCAAUAGUCGACCUGUCGUGCAGUCCUCCCAGCCUUCUGCUAUGGGAGUAAAGGAGAUGGGUCAACCUCGUAAGAACCCUAUACCCACUUUAUCUCGUCCGAUGUCUUGGUCUAGGGGUAUAUCGCGGACGAGAUCCAGAUCGAUAUCAACAUUGAAAUCGAAUGUAAGUGAUAGAUCAAUUUUCAAACCUAACAAAUCGAGAUAUUUCAUCAAUUAUAUGAACCCUCCUCCGCCACCCAUACCUAGGAAAAGCUCAGCGAGGUCAUCGGGGAGCAAGGGGAGCGCCGGAGCAGUGACAGGAGCUAGACUGGUGGAUAAGGGCGAUAGUAGAGGUGGAAGACGGUAA